CGAGAAAUUUGUCGCAAGGUGAUCCAACGGCCUGAUAUUAUUUCCUAAUCACUGUUUCUCGUUUGCCGAGUAUAAAUCUCCCCACCUCGUCUCGAAAUUGGUACGGGGCCCUUUCCAUUGCUUUACUCUCAUCAAACACUUGCUUUCAUAGCCACAACAAACAGCAACGCGAAAGAUCAGGUUCAAGCGAGCACAAAUAUCACGACAUGCCGUUCAAUCCCUAUUUCUGGCCCUACCCGCCCAUCUCGUGGUCCUACGACGGCCAUUGGAGGUGGCAUAGCCAUUACAGGAACUGGGUCUGGGAUGAUUAUGAUAGCGGCAGCGAUAGCGACAGCGGUAGUGAGAGCUCAUAUUGCUCAACCUGCUAUAGUAGUGAGAGCAGCGACAGUGGAUGGCCCGGUUGGGGAUACAGCGGUGGGGAUAGCAGUAGGACACGCCAUGGUUUCCCUCCACCGCCUUUGGCCACGCACAACAACACAACUCACGAUGUCUCGCUGCAGGCAAUCUUGUUCGACCCUUAUCCGAAAUAUAUUGCGGUUUCGGACGACUCCACCCGUGAGCUCAUCAACAAAGACAAGAUCAACUUGAAAGAUGUCAGCACUGAGACCCUGGAAGCUUUCAAGCCAUCGCUUGAUCCAAUAGUGAACUUGGGGCGCUUUCUUCAAUGCGGCAUUCAAGGAAAACCGAAAGUCAGUAAGGUUCGUGGUGACGAGGUCAUCAACUCUCACGAUCCUGAAUAUGACGUCAAUACCAAGGACCCUGAUCUUUGGUGGUGCGAGUACCAUGAUCAUGCAACUCGGGAGGAAAAAGAGGAGUAUCAGGAGGGCUUUUUGGACAACAUUAAUGGUCAAAAUCCAAAGACAUGCGCGGCAGCGAGAGUACCAAAGCUGAAGAAGGGAAUGCGAAAAGCCAAGAGCUAGUGAUUAAAGUCGACCGAAAGGGCAAGGAUCAGGACAUGGCUGCUAUCAUGUGCGUUCAAAGGACCGUUGCACUCAAAGAGUUUCCACACUCCUGGUCAGAAGGAAGAAUUCACGCAUAUGCGUAGCUGUGAUGAGGG